AUUAGAUUUGCGCAGGCGCUAAUUGAAUAACUUGGCAGGAAGAAUUUCGUUUACCUGUGGGAUAGAUUACUCCAGUUCCAUAGUUACCCGAUGCUGCAGGUGAAGGGAUUUAUUGUUGAGAGAGCAGAAUGGACUGGAAAAAGAGUCUGAAAGAUAAAUUGCAACAGGAUUGUAAAGUCAGAAAGAGUGAACAAGAGAUGAAAGAUGAAGAAAUGGCUUUAUUCACAAAGUACUACACUGAAUGGAAAGGUCAGAAAGACCCAAACUCGCAGAUCAUCCCACGAUUCUAUUAUAGGCUGCCAGCAGAAGAUGAGGUUUUGCAGCAAAAGCUGAGAGAAGAAUCCCGAGCAGUAUUUUUACAGAGAAAAAGCAGAGAGUUGUUAGACAAUGAAGAGCUACAGAAUCUGUGGUUCCUUCUUGACAAGCAUCAGUCUCCCCCCAUGAUUGGAGAAGAAGCCAUGAUCAACUACACAAACUUCCAAAUAGUUGGUGAAAAAGCUGGUCCAAAAUGCACGCCAUUUUUUGCAGCUAAAGUCUUUAGUAAACUUCUUCACAAUGACCCCUAUGGCAGGAUAUCAAUCAUGCAGUUUUUCAACUACGUAAUGAGAAAAGUGUGGUUACAUCAGACAAGGAUAGGUUUAAGCUUGUAUGAUGUGGCUGGACAAGGGUACCUUAGAGAAUCGGAUUUGGAAAAUUAUAUCCUUGAGCUAAUCCCAACUCUGCCUCAGCUGGAUGGUUUGGAAAAGUCAUUUUAUUCUUUCUAUGUCUGCACUGCUGUCCGAAAGUUCUUCUUUUUUCUUGAUCCACUUAGGACAGGAAAAAUAAAAAUACAAGAUAUUUUGGCUUGCAGCUUUCUGGAUGAUCUACUAGAGCUGCGGGAUGAAGAACUUUCUAAAGAAAGUCAAGAGUCAAACUGGUUCUCUGCCCCUUCUGCAUUGAGAGUUUAUGGACAGUACUUGAAUCUGGAUAAAGAUCAUAAUGGGAUGCUAAGUAAAGAAGAGCUUUCUCGCUAUGGGACAGGUACCUUGACCAGCGUCUUUUUAGACCGAGUCUUCCAGGAAUGCCUGACGUAUGAUGGCGAGAUGGAUUAUAAGACAUACUUGGACUUUGUUUUGGCAUUGGAAAAUAGGAAGGAGCCAGCAGCACUACAGUAUAUUUUUAAACUUCUGGACAUUGAAAAUAAAGGCUGCCUGAAUGUCUUUUCACUGAACUACUUUUUCAGAGCAAUCCAGGAACAAAUGAAAAUUCAUGGACAAGAUCCAGUGACCUUUCAGGAUGUCAAGGAUGAAAUUUUUGACAUGGUUAAACCUAAAGAUCCUCUACGAAUUACCCUCCAGGAUCUAAUCCAGAGCAGUCAGGGUGACACUGUGUGUAGCAUUCUUAUUGAUCUUAAUGGAUUCUGGACCUAUGAAAACCGAGAAGUACUAGUGGCAAAUGAUGGUGAAAACCCUGCUGACAUUGAUGACACAUAAUCAUGGAUCUACAGUUAUAUAUUGUAGUUCCUGUACUGUGCCAUUAUAGAGACUAAUUAUCCCUGUGAAUUACUGGAUUCUUAAUGAAGAAAAAGGUCAAUUUCAAAGUUUUAUCUUAAAUGUAUCUAUUAUAGGAUAAAUACGUUAAUAAAUGUAUAUAUGUGUUAAUAUACAAAAUUGUAAUGAGAGCAGAGUUUUGUUUUGACUAUACUAAUAAAAGAGGCACUGGCUGUUUUUUACUAUGAUGAAGAAAA